GUGUCUCCCGCUUGACAUGCAUGUGCUUACUUAGCUACAUGCAUGAUGUAAUUGCGUGAUGUGGGGUAUUAUUCACAGAUUCGAAGCUCCCAUUUUUGCGAGCUUCUCCCUAGUUUCAUUCGAUAGGUAGACUUGAAAGUUGAUCGGUAUUUUAUAUAUUCAAGUAUCUUUUAGAACUAACCUAACCUCCAUAGUCUACUCAUUACCUCUCACAACCAUGUCGUCCCUCCACCACGUCCUCCUCCUCGGCGGCAGCGGCAAGAUCGCGCAGCUGCUAACGCCACUCCUCCUCCAGCGAUCGUGGAAUGUGACCAGCAUCAUCCGCGACCCCGCCCAAGUCGGCAACUUGCAGAAGCUCGGAGAGGGGCACGCCGGAAAGUUGAGCGUCCUAGUCCGCAGCCUGGAGGAGGUGACCAGCGACGCGCACGCCAAAAGUCUCAUCGAUGAGGUCAAGCCGGACUACGUGGUUUUCAGUGCGGGUGCCGGCGGAAAAGGCCCCCCAGAGAGGCUUCGUGAUGGGACUGAGAAGAUCGACCGCGAUGCCGCAUGCCACUUCAUCCGCGCAUCCGUGGCUACCCCAUCCAUCACCAAGUUCGUCCUGAUCUCGUUUGUCACCUCGCGCCUGCGGAAGCCGGAGUGGUGGACAGAGGAGAUCUGGCAGACGGAGCAGAACACGACGCUGAAGGCGCUGAAGCGGUACUAUGAGGCCAAGGUCGCGGCGGAUCAGGUGCUGCACGAGGAGGGGAAGAAGAGAAAGGACUUCGCGGCUAUCUGUCUGCGCCCCGCCACCUUGACGCCGGAGCCGGCGGGUAAGGUAUUGCUCGGGAAGACGCCGGUGGCGAAGGGGACUUCGAGUCGGGCUUCGGUUGCCGAACUCACGGCAUUGCUGCUUGAUGCGCCCAAUGUGAAGAGUUGCUGGCUUGAUAUGCAUGAUGGCGAUGAGGACCCGGCGGCUGCGGUGAAGAGGUGUAUUGAUGAGGGCAUUGAUGUUGCUGAAGGGGAGCCUUAUUAUUGAAUAGCAAGCAGCUCCUAUAUAGCUUUAUCGGUGUUUUGUAGCUAGUAGUUUAGUACCUAGGUAGUAAAGAUGGACGCCAAUCGGAGUUUGGAAGUAAUUUGCCUGAAG